UUUUGCUGAGCGAGCAGAGUGUAUCUUCGCUUAUAAGAAAGGCUUUAUAGCGUUAUAUUAGAAGCGGCGACUUUCUUCUUCCCUAUGGAUCGAUUCGUAAAAAUCUUGUCAGUCGCAGUGUCGUCAUAUUCAAAGAAUACGUGUAGUUUUCCUCUAGAAAAGAUCUUUGACGCAUUCUAUGUGGAAUCAAAAUCUUUUUCAAGUUUCCAUGUAAAUAAAGACUCGUUGUUUAUUCCAACGUGGUGCUUUUCUAAUACUACAGGUACUGCUAUAGAAUGGGAACGCUUGCGUCAAAUCUUAUAACUGAUGAUUCUUACAGGACGAGGAAAAAUAAAUAAUGGAACGAAGGAACUUUAUGUAGUAAAUAGUUGAAGAGCAGAUAUACAGUUAGCUUAUGGAAUGUGCAAGUGGUUUGAGAAACUUCUAUACCCUGGCAGAUUGUCAGCUCUUUUCCGAUAAUACAUAUUAAUAGUUUCGUCCACAUAACAGAAGGAAAAACAUUAUGUGUUUCAAACUAUCUUGUUUAUCCUACAAAGUUAGAAAAGCCGUGGGUGGUUUCCAGAAAUUUAGAACUAUUGACUGUUGCAGACCCUGAGUUGCGCGAAAGGUGUCGAAUAUUCGCAGGCUAUUCAUGUAGAACUAAUUUUGAGAUAGUCAACUUUGCAAAGAAAUGCUAAUGAGUUACCAAAAAAAGGAAAAAGAAAGAACAGCAUUUAAACAGUUGGAAUAAAUUGAUUCAAGAAGAC